AUGGGGAAGGAGUUAGGUCGCGGGCAAUACGGCGUGAUCCGUUUGUGCACAGAAAAAGCGACGGGGUUGUCGCUGGCGUGUAAGAGCAUUAAUAAGGCGAAGCUAGCGGGGACGCGCGAGGUGGAGGACGUCCAGAGGGAGGUGAAGGUGAUGGAGCUGCUGAAAGGCCACCCCGCCGUGAUCGAGCUGCGCGCCACGUACGAAGACCAGAAGCGCGUGCACCUGAUCAUGGAGUUGUGCGAAGGCGGGGAACUUUUCGAACGAAUAAGCAAGCGAAAGCAUUACCCGGAAAACGAGGCUGCGGAGGUUUGUCGCACGCUCGUGUCGGUCGUCGCACACUGCCAGUCGCAUGGACUUAUGCAUCGCGAUCUCAAGCCUGAAAACAUUCUGCUCGUCAGCCAAUCGUCGCACACGCGAGUCAAAGUCGUCGACUACGGCCUCGCGGUUUUCGUCAAACCAGGUGCCAAACUAACCACAAUGGCGGGCAGCGCAUACUACAUAGCGCCAGAGGUGCUGAACAACUGCUACGGGCUGGAGGCGGACAUGUGGAGCGUGGGGGUGAUCCUCUACAUCCUGCUGUGCGGCCUGCCGCCCUUCUGGGCGGAGAAGGAGGAGGGCAUCUUCGCGGCCAUCAAGACGGGCAAGAUCGACGUGUUCACGGGCGUAUGGGAGGGCGUGUCUCAAGACGCCAAGGACCUCGUAAUCAAGCUUCUCACGAGGGAUCCUGCGAAGAGAAUCACACCAGAAAAGGCGCUGGCCCACCGCUGGUUGAAGCAGCACGCGGGAGCAACGCGCUUCCCCUCCUCCGCCUCCCUCUCCGGAAUCCCCCCCAAGCCCGCCACUGCUGACGUCAUGGGCGCGUUCAGGCGCGACAGCAGCGUCAGCAGCAGCACAGGGGGGGGCGCGCGCCCCAGCUCCAGCAGCGGGGCGGGCGCAGGGGGAGGCGGAGGGGGGGCGCACCACCACGCAGGGGGGGCCGGGGUGGGAGGACUGGCGGGGAUUCUAGCAGGGGGAGACUCGUCUUUACUCUUUAAAGCGAUUCUUUCCCUGAAAAAAGGGCUGAAUCCGAUGCUGAUGGAGCUGCUGGGAAAGACAGACGGUCAGCGUCUGCCCGGCACGGCUCCGGAUUGGUCGGGGCAGACGACGAAACUUCCGAAGCUGCCCUGCAGGCGUUUCUCGCGGCUGCCCGGGAGGUGCUGA